UGCUUUCCCAGCACUUUCCUUUCUUUUUUAGUUUUCAUUAUCAAUCAGCUAUUGUCUUCUUCGUCUUGUUCUGCUUAGCUCAAAAACUUUGAAUGAAGCCCUAAUCGUUUCUCUCUCUAGAAUCUCUCUCUCUUAUGGCGACCUUAGUCGAUUAUGGUGGUGGGAGGGACUUGGAGUCAGGUUUGGUGAGUUCAGCAUCAGUAGCAUCAUCCUCAGCUGCUGCGAUGAGUCAAAACUCGAUGGCGGAGCCAUCGCCAUCGCCGUCGCCGUCUUCGACGGCAUCGGCGCCGGCUCUUGUUCUAUCUAACUCUGGCAAGCGGAUCGAUCAGGCUGGGAGGAAGAAAUAUGUAAAGCAGGUGACGGGGCGGCUUAACGACACUGAACUUCACUUGGCCGCGCAGCGCGGUGAUCUGGCGGCCGUGAAGCAGAUUCUAGAUGACAUUGAUAGUCAGAUGGUGGGGACUCCGAGAGGCGCUGAGUUUGAUGCCGAGGUGGCGGAGAUUCGGGCGUCUGUGGUGAAUGAGGUGAAUGAGUUGGGAGACACUGCCUUAUACACAGCUGCGGACAAAGGGUAUCUUGACAUCGUUAAGGAGUUGCUAAAGUAUUCGAACAAAGAAACUGUUUCGAAGAAGAAUCGAGCUGGAUAUGACCCCCUUCAUAUCGCUGCAAACCAAGGUCACCAUGCAAUUGUCCAAGUGCUACUAGAUCAUGAUCCUGGGCUUAGCAAAACAAUCGGUCCAUCAAAUUCAACCCCACUAACAUCUGCAGCUACAAGAGGGCAUACUGCAGUUGUCAUUGAACUUCUCUCAAAAGAUGGUAGUUUAUUGGAGAUAUCCAGAUCGAACGGGAAAAAUCCAUUGCAUUUGGCUGCAAGACAGGGACAUGUAGAAAUUGUAGAUGCAUUACUUAUAAAGGAUCCACAAUUGGCACGGAGGACUGACAAGAAAGGGCAAACUGCAUUGCAUAUGGCUGUUAAAGGGCAGAGCACUGGGGUGGUGAAAUUGCUUCUUGAGGCAGAUGCUGCCAUUGUGAUGCUUCCAGACAAAUUUGGUAACACAGCAUUACAUGUAGCUACCAGGAAAAAGCGGGCAGAGAUAGUAAAGGAGUUGCUACUCCUUCCAGACACCAAUGUUAAUGCAUUGACAAGAGACCAUAAAACAGCUCUUGACAUUGCUGAAGAACUUCCUCCUUCUGAAGAUUCCACAGAUAUAAAGGCGUGCCUUGCUGAACGUGGUGCUGUAAGAGCUAAUGAACUUAACCAACCAAGGGAUGAAUUGAGGAAAACUGUAACUCAAAUUAAAAAAGACGUUCAUACUCAGCUUGAACAAACAAAGAAAACAAACAAAAAUGUCCAUAAUAUUUCAAAAGAACUCAGGAAACUCCACCGUGAAGGAAUCAACAAUGCUACCAACUCGGUCACUGUGGUGGCUGUGCUUUUUGCAACAGUUGCCUUUGCAGCUAUCUUUACUGUACCUGGUGGUGAUAAGGACGAUGGUACAGCUGUGAUGGUAAAAAGCCCUCCCUUUAAAAUUUUCUUCAUCUUUAACGCCAUUGCACUUUUCACUUCUUUGGCCGUUGUGGUUGUCCAAAUUACACUGGUUAGAGGUGAGACGAAGGCAGAGAAAAAGGUAGUGGAGGUAAUCAAUAAGUUGAUGUGGCUGGCUUCAGUGUGCACUUCAGUGGCCUUCAUGGCCUCCUCGUACAUAGUAGUGGGACGAAAACACCGAUGGGCUGCAAUUCUGGUCACAUGCGUUGGGGGGUUGAUAAUGGCUGCUGUUCUUGGCACCAUGACCUAUUAUGUAGUAAAGUCAAAGAGAUCCCGGUCUAUGAGGAAGAAGGAGAAGUAUUCAAAGAGAAGCGGUUCCAACUCAUGGCACCACUCUGACUUUUCCAAUUCAGAGAUUGAUCGAAUUUAUGCCCUUUGAUGUGUGAAUCUGUGUAAGGGCAUCAUUGUUAUCAAACCAUUGAAACCUAAACUAGUGCAGAUCCGGUGUAGCUAUGGAGUUAAUAAGAACAUAUAUUUGGCUGUGCCACUACCAGUUACUCUUAUUUGGCUACAUCCCGAACUGGAAGACCUUAGCUAUUUUGAACUACUAAUGUCUUAUCCCGAUUGUCAUUUCUACAAAAGGAAAACAAAAGAAGUUUAAGGGGGUUAGGAGUAAGUGAUAUGCUAUAUAUGACUUGUGUGGAUGACAUUAUGAUGGGCAGAAGCUACUGACAUCGUUCCAAUUUGUAAUAUCCAAAAACAAAAGAUAUCCCAAGUUUAUAUCAGAAAUCAAUGUGAUUUAGCUAAGCAAGCUUUAUUUAUCGUGUAUGCUAGAACAAUUAUCUUUCAAAUAAAUAAAUAUAAAGAACUAUAGCAUUUUACUA